AUGGCGCGCGGCAACUCCAUCCAAAGAGGUAGAUUUACUAUCAGAGAGAUUUCAUUCCUCUGGGGUUUAGGUUUUCUCGGCAAUCCCAUUACGGAAGUCAAAUGUGAUUUAGGAUCUUGGCCUUAUACCAUGCACCAGCUUAGCCAUAGGCUCGAGACGGCCAUGGAUUCCUCAUGUGGCGAAGAAAAAUUAUCGCCAUUGGUUCACCACCGUAGUUGCAGCUUGUCGAAGCAGCUGAAAAACGGAUCGACAUGGAGUAGCUACUCAAGUCACAGAAACCCUUGGAAGGGAAAAGGGCAGCAUCAUCCCCUCCCUACGCCCUUCUAUCGUCGCGACGCACGACAUUGUACUGUCGUCGUCCCGCAGCGACCUCUGGUUUAUUAUUAUAGCCGCAAGGCUGACGUUUUUCCUCUUGCACUUGUAAAUAAAAGGCCUCAAAGUGUACGGCGCCGUGGAGAAGACGUUUCACCCGUUCGAGCUGAGCAGCAGGCUUUCCCGCGUGUUCCCCGGAACACUAUCCGGUAUACAAGGUGA